AUGUGCCCGUGCCCCCUGCACCGCGGCCGCGGCCCGCCGGCGGUGUGCGCCUGCAGCGCGGGCCGCCUGGGUCUGCGCUCGUCCGCCGCGCAGCUCACGGCCGCCCGGCUCAAGGCGCUCGGCGACGAGCUGCACCAGCGCACCAUGUGGCGGCGCCGCGCGCGGAGCCGGAGGGCGCCGGCGCCCAGCGCGCUCCCCACCUACUGGCCCUGGCUGUGCGCGGCCGCGCAGGUGGCGGCGCUGGCGGCCUGGCUGCUCGGCAGGCGGAACUUGUAGGAACGCGGGGCUUCUUGGUGGGGCCGAAGCCGAGACCCAGCCGGAGCGAGCAACAGGUUGGUGAAAACCCUGUGUCCUUGGAGAAAGCCGGUUCCCAUUUUCCUGAGGGGGGAGCCCAGAGCUUGAAAGGCCGCAGUUGGCACUUCGAGAAGGAAGUGGAGAAUAAAGACGGCGCCUGGAGCAAUAGUAGCAACGCGGAAUGGGACUGGGGAAGCCCUCUUUGAUAUCCAGCUGCAGAAACAGACACCCCAACGCUAUUUACAUACAGCUCUAUAUAUAUAUAGAAAAAGAAAAUAUGAAUAUUAUUCUUCAGUGCAUGCCUUGUCGAGGAUGUGGUCCCCUCCCUUUUCUGCACCUUCCGAUGUGAACUUUGAUGCUCUUUCAUGUCUGGGGCACUGGAAGAGAGAUGCUUACUGUGUACCUAGAAAUUUUGCAAAGACUGGUGGGAAUUAGCCUCAGAGGCGACCAACUGCCUGGGAAGGGAUGCCGGUGGAGGAGGAGGUGAAAGUGCAAAAAGCAAAAUAGAAAACAAAAAGUGAGGACUCAGGGCCAAUUUUGUAGGGGCAGUCUGGGACACCUCCAUUUCUAAGUCUUGACAAGUCCUAGCCUCUCUCUACCUACCUAGAUAGAUGGCUAGUCCCACUGUCAUCAAGACAAAUGGCAUUCCCCACCCCCCCUACCAAUCUGGUGUCUCUGGUGCUUCGCUUAAAUUUUGCUGGUGCUACAUGUGUUCUUGCUGGUGCUGUCAUGGUAUGCUGUUGCCAGACCUGCAAGGCCAGGGGACGAGAGAGGUUUCUAUUUUGCUGUUUCAGAUUCUUAUUUUAAAGGAAUCAGUCACAAAAGUGCCACUUGAGAGUCUUUUCUCUUUCUCUAUGUGGGGAUGAAUACACGGAGGUGUUUUGGAGCAAACCUUGGGCUCUGGGAGGGAGGAAGGGUGGGUGAUGGCACUGAGUGGCUUGCUGGUUAAGGGGUGGAAAACUGACCUCACGUGUGACUUGUUUGCUGCCUCCUCCGCCCGCAAGUACCCUGUGAGUUCAGACCACAGCCUCCCCGACUCCCCAAGGGGAUUUCAGGGCUUAGGUUUUAUGGAUUGAAGAGCCAAGAAAUGGCUACCUUCUGGUCAAGGGUGAAUUAUAAGCUAGGGACGUUGGGGGAGGGAGAGGGUCAUUUCAAUGAAAUGCACCAGCAUCUCACUUUCUGAGGGUCUGAUUUUUUUUCUUUUUCCCCAGGAUAAGCUACUAUUUUCAGAAGUUUCUAGAAGGGCUAAAAAAAGAUGUGUGCUGGACUGAGACUUGGCUGCAAAGACUCUUCAGGGAGUCAUGAUUAUGUUUUGCUUUCAUUAAAAAAAAAAUCCAACAACAGGUAUUAUUCCUCUGUGCAGGGCUCACACUGCCCUUUUCAAAGCUGAGAUGGUGAGGCACGAGGCUGCAGGUUCAGUCAUUCUACAAGGCUGGAUUUGCAGGUCACCACGCGGUACCUGUGGAGAGGGGGUCUGCUGGUCUGGUCUGCAGACACUCUUCCAGUCCUAAGAAACCAGCAGAGGGACCAGCCGUUUUCAGGUUGACAUGGGUCUGAAACGGCAAUUCUUUCUCAUGGGCGUUGCUGAAAAUUACCAGGUCCUUUAGAAUGCAGGGGCUUUCAGGGCUGCUGCAAGCUGAGAGCUGUCUUUGUUUAAAAAGAAAAAUAAAUCCAUGCCUUAUGUUUUCCUAAGUAGCCCUUUAAAGAAAAAUGCAACCCAGAACUGCUGAAUGUGAGGGCAGCUUCCCACCCACCCCCUCCCCACGGCCGCCCCCCGACAGCUUGGAACUCGGCAAAGCCAAAAAGAAAGCUUGUUUAUAGAGAAUUUGUUUCCCUUCAUGGCUGGAGCCCUUCCUGCAGUUAUGUUUACAGGGGAUGAGUGUGUAGGCAAGGUCGUCAGGGAGCAGCAGGUGACAUCCCCGCCAAGCCGUGAACUCAGAGAAGGCAAAUUCAUUAGAAUGAUAUGAAAUACAGUCUCUGCUUUUAUUUAGUCACUUUCCUAGCCAGACGCUAGACUUUCCAGCUGACCCCAUUUUCUGGGGAGGGGGUUUUCAUUACUGUAGUUGUACGCGAUCGUAGCUCUCUGCUGCUUUAAGGCUGAACCUUCAAGACCACAGUGGGGACGUGCUGACUACCUAGACACAGGUUAAAGGUCAGAGGAUCCUUUUUUUCGACCCUGACUAGCUUAUGACAUUCCCGCUGGAGGAUCCAAACUCCAAAUGCUGGGGUUUCAGGCAAUUUUGAUUUCAAUGAAGCCACAUCGCUUGAGAGAACCGGGCACCCAGGACCCUCCUCAUGGAGCUUUACAGCCAAGUCCCUUGUACAUAUUCUCUUAUAUUAUUAGAAACUGUGUAUUUAUCUAACCCUGGCUUUUUCUUGCACAUCAUUAAUUUGAGUGCAUUUCUCAAAUGCCCCGAUUUUUGACAAGGGGUUGUUUUUAAUGCUUGUUUUUAUAUGAGAUUUGACUUCUUGAUGGACAUUUGUAUUAGGAAAUUGAAGCAUGAUAUAUAUGUAUAUAUUGUCUCCACCGUCUCUCCUGUUGCAUUACUUGGAUUGCAUGAGAUAGUGGGGUGGUGGUUUUUUUUAAAAAAAAUAUUUCCACAGUGUGCAAAGUGCUGGCACCAUUCCCCCCCCUCCCUGGCUUUUCUCUGGCUGCCAAGGAGUCAUUGAUUUUGAUUAGCUUCACUGCAGAGCGUCUGUGAAGAGAGAGAGAGAGAGAGGGAG